CCAAAUUUAAGACUUGUCUUGUGCCUUUGGAAUUAAGUCGUCUUGUGAAGUGACAAGAACCUAAAAACCAUUUUUGUACGUUGUAUACCACACUAAAUAUAUACGAACUAAUCUGAAUGCUUAAAGCAAUUUUUUUUUGUAUAAAUAUAAAUGGGGGAACAGAAGUAAUUCGUUCGUUCCUGCGUACGACGAUCACAAUAAAAAUAAAAAUGUAUUUGUGAAGGGUGUGCACAAGACCGCAUAUAUAUUUAUAUAGAUUCUAAAGAGGAACACGGGUACAAUUUCGUUAUAUGUAUGUACACAUUAACCAAAGUUUUGUAUAUAAAAAGUUUUUAACGGUCGACCGGUGCGUCAUUUUUAAAGCGCCAGAUGGAAAUUCAUUCUGGUAAAAGGUGUGCAUACGAUAGUGUCGUUAUUCGAAUUGCUCUAGUAAAUGCAGAAUAAAGUUCGCUUAAUUUAAUGGAAACGAACUGAUUAACACUCAAAAGUGGAUUAUUCGCUAGUCUGAUACAUAAACAGCGCAACGGGAUUAAGUGAUGCGCCGGAAAUCGUAAGAAUAAGUGGUUAAGUGAGCGAAAUAAUUAAAGAGAAAAUAAAGUGCUUGUGAACCCUAUAAAAUGUCGCUACACAACUAUACAAAUCCGGCAUUUUGCCAACAAAGUGAAUUUUAUCCGAAUCCCAGUAAUUCUGUUCCAAACAAGUCUCCAAUCAAAAUUUACCGAAGUGAAUCCGUUCGAUCUUUCAAGCAAACGACGCGGAUCAGACAACAACAACAAAACUAUUCACCAAUACCACCGAAAGUCGGACCGAAGCCACAAGUUAAUUUGAGCAACAGAUACGCCGAACAACCCUUCAAGAACACGUACGAACAGGUGAACGCUUCGGUUCAACGAAAUGCCACUUCCGUUGAGUAUGCGUUAGUGCCGUUAACGGAAAUUCCAAGUUCACGCAAGGGUCGUUACGCUUGCAUACCCGCUGACGAUGUACGACAACUUCAUCAAAAUACAACUCGUUUCACAAGAAGCCAGGACGAUUUAGACCGAUUUUCGAGUUUGCCAGCUAACGUAAACGACCAUGACGACAGUAUUACAAGUCUACCGCCCUGUCCGACUCAAGAUAAUCCACGGCUUAAAACUGCAUUUUCGAGCGAUUUCAAAAUUGAUCAACAUAGUCAGCAACGACCUCACGAUAAUUCUCGACUUCAAGCAGCAUUUUCGAGUGAUUUUGGAAAUAAAUCGUUUAUCGUUGUCGAUCAAAAUAGCCAGCAGAGAUACGAAAUCGUGCCGACAGAAGAAGACGAAGAACUGGUGGAUGCAAAUCAUGAAAUAAUUCAAAUGCACAACGGACGAGCGCAUCGAUAUGCAAUGAUUCCAACUGAUGAUGAGGAGACGUGUUUAAGCAGCGAAUUCGAAAUGAGUCCGAUUAGAAACACCAAUAAUUAUGCGACAAUCAAAGAAUCACCACGCUAUCAGCCACCUUAUAAAUCACAACAACAACGAACCUACGUACAUCAGUCUCCCCAGAAAGACCGUCCACCAGCAACACCAACGAAAAAUGCUUUGGUAACUCAAAAAUUACACGAACUAUUGUCAACUCCACAAAAAACUCCGCUACAAAGACAAGGAAGCACAUUAAGAGCGACUCCAGUCCGUCAUAACCCUCCGGUUUUAUCCAGCACACCAAAACAAACCGAAUUUACACCACAAAAACUUCGAUAUGAACAACAUCAACCAAAUGCAUCUCAAUUUGAACAAAGAACAACAGCGGUUAUUUCGCCAAGGUUAGCAUCCCUAGCUACAUACGUUGAACCGAGUUCUGUAGGAGAUAAUAGCUCGUGGAAGAGCCUGAGCUUCCAGAAAGUUACCAAUGCGACGGCUACUAUUGGCGCAGUAUCAUUGAUGUUAAUUUUGUGUGGAAUCAUGAACUCUGGCCUUUGUCUUUACAUGAUAGCAGACUUUGGACGUAUUUAUUAUCUUGAUAUUGGAGUGAUAUCUGGAUUUGCUGCCACAGCUCUCGGAAUUUUAGGAUUCAAGUCCAGGCAAUGUGACUGGCUCCCAAACAGGAACUAUGUCUCAGGCUAUAUUUUAGUGACCGUUUUCUCGCUGCUGAACUGUUGCGGUCUGUUGGUCUUACUGUCGCUGAGGCCAUUACCCGGAGAACCCAUUCAUGACGUUACAACCGGCAUUCUGUUGGGAUUAUCAUUUUUGACAUUGUUUAUGAUUAGUUUAGGAGUAAUCACUUCAAGAUGGUGCCGUUCGCCGCCACCCGAUAAUAGGGUUGAUGUUUAUAAAGUUUAAUUUCAGAUUUUUUUUUUUGUAAUUUCUUUACAUUUAUAUAUUGCAUUUGAUGAUCUAAUUAAAGUUAUUGUAGUUUUCUUAUA